AUGUUUAGCUCUGGUGUUGUGGGGAAAACGAAAAAAGAAUCUUCAAAACCAGUGGCUGCUGACCAAGGUAAUUUUGAGGCAUUGGGCGAAAACGAAGCGUUACAACGUAACGUCAGACAAUAUUCGCCGUAUUCUUAUGAUGACUACGCUGCCGCUCAAAAUGGAUAUGGUGUCCCUGUUCAAAAUCCAAACCAAAAUGGCUACAAUCCGGUUGGGCAAGACGGCUACGAUGCUUAUGGACAGCCAAUCAGAAACCCUGGUUUUGUAUCAGGUAAAGUGAGACCAGGAGAAGCGUCUUCAAUUGGCAAUGGACGAGGAAACACCAACGUACUCACCAUAACCAGUGGUAGUGACGCUGAUUAUUAUACUGGAUACACAGAUGGAGGAGCUAACUAUCCAUCCAAUUACCCAGGAUAUGACCAAGGAGCGUCCCGUCCAAGUAAGCAUGGGCAAAGUGGAAUUAUUGUAAAUAAAAACUCAAAUGGACAAGACGAUGUUCUUUUAUGGAGCAAUAAUGGCAGAAAACAGAGUGGUAUAGCUGUUAAUAACGGUGAUGCUCAGUUUUAUCCAGGUAACAAUUACAACCAGGCUGUUCCCCCCAAUCCCAACUACAGUACUCAAUCUCGAGUAUAUCAAAGUGGACAGAAAGUUGUGGGUAGAAAUGGUUAUCAAACGUCUAGCAUAUAUGACAGCCAACAACAAACAUAUAUUAGCUCUCAAAGAUACUAA